AGUCGAUGUUUUACUGUUUGAGGCUAGAGUGUGCGCGCCGUGCGUUUAAAGUGACAUUAUUACGUAUAAAAAAAAUAAUUUUCGUGAUUGAUAAUGGAGUACGGUGACAUGAGGUAUGUAAUCAACUGAUAAGACUCAUAAACUUGACAAAAUGUCAACAUAGAAACGCACAGACAACGAUAAAGAUCAGCUAUCUUUGUUUUCUGCAGCUCGAUAAGAUGCAAACUUCACCGGAUAAUGUGACUAAAGAAGAAAAAAAACAAAUGUCACCUAGCAAAUAUACGGAAUUAGAUAAAAAUAUAGCGACGGCUAUAUUACAAGAAAAUUUAUUACAGAGAUCGAUACAGAAUGUAGCUUUAUCUUUACAAAACGCUAUGAUGAGUUCGUUGCAACAAGCCGCUUUUUUACCGGCGAAUUCAGCCGCAGCCGCGGCGUUGAAUCUACAAGCCCUCGAAUCGUAUUUAACCCUACAAAGAUUAUCAACAGUUUCUACUAGUAACAAUUCAGGUAAAAUCGAUAUUUUAAAAAUAGCGGCCAGUACUGCUAAAAUCAGUGAAGAUACAGUCGGUACUAGCGACGAACUAGUAACAAAUACCAGCCUAACUGAAGAUGUAGAUUUAGCGGAAGAAGUAGAAGAAGAUUUGGCUCUGUUAGAUAACGAAGAUACGUUAAGUAACGUUUCGGUUCCUUCGUCGCCGGUAGAUACUUCGUAUCCGAGUUUGAUAUUGAAUUCCAUGUUCCAAAAUCCUGAAAAUUUAGCUUUAGUUGGAUCUUCAUCGACUGUUACAACUACAACUGGAGCUACUAAUGGUAGACAAAAAGGCGGUGCUAGACCGAAGAAGCAAUUCAUAUGUAAAUUUUGCAAUAGACAUUUUACCAAAAGUUAUAAUUUGCUUAUUCACGAAAGGACCCAUACAGACGAAAGGCCGUAUUCCUGUGAUAUUUGUGGGAAAGCUUUCAGAAGACAGGACCAUUUGAGAGAUCACAGGUACAUCCACAGUAAAGAGAAGCCCUUCAAAUGUACGGAAUGCGGUAAAGGUUUCUGUCAAUCCCGUACGCUAGCCGUACACAAAAUACUCCACAUGGAAGAAUCUCCACAUAAAUGUCCGGUUUGCAGUAGAUCGUUUAAUCAACGAUCCAAUCUGAAGACUCACCUUCUCACCCACACAGAUAUCAAACCUUAUAAUUGUUCGACGUGUGGGAAAGUGUUUCGGAGAAAUUGUGAUUUGAGACGACAUAGUUUGACGCAUAAUUUGGGCGCUAGCGCGUCGAGUACGACCCUGCCUAAUCAAAAUUUUAGUAUAGACUCUCUCAUAAGUUCGACCGUGAAAAAAGUCGACAACUGAUGUGAAUUUUGAAAUGUCGUUUGAAACAAAUUAAUUUUAGGUUAUGCGCGAAAGUGAAAAAUAAAUUUUUAGUGAAUGUU